AUGGGGCAGGUAAAGUCCACCAGAAUGCUUUCUGUUGAUUGUGAAAUGGUUCUUUGUGAAGAUAAAACAGAAUCUCUAGUACAAGUGUGUGUUGUGAAUCGAAAUUUAGAGGUUAAGCUCAAUGAACUUGUAAAACUCGAUAAACCUGUUUUAGAUUAUAGAACCCAGAUUCAUGGAAUCAAUGCUAAGGAUUUGGAAAGAGCUACUUGUUCGUUAGAAGAUAUACAAAAAUCAAUGAAAAAACUGUUAUCCGAUGGAGUCGUUUUAAUUGGCCACAGUUUGGAUAAGGAUCUAAAAGCAUUGAAAGUGGAUCAUUCGAGGGUGAUCGACACAUCAUUAAUUUUUAAAUAUCCUGAAGGGCAUACUCACAAGAGGCCUUCGUUGAAUCAUCUCUGCAAGAUUGUUGGUGCAGAUAGGGGCAUGCAUUUCACCUAUUUAUGUGGAGUGCGGAUGCAUGCUCAGGCUUUCAUAACUCUGGUAGACAUGGAGGAAAAGCGGGGAGAUGAUGAUGCAUCCCAACGCGUUGAGAUACCUCAGGGCAACGAAACUUCUUCACAGCCCAUCGCUAGGGCUGAACAACUCGCCGCUCGUUUGAAAAAGCGGAAGACUAAGUCUGUGAAACUUCUAGGGGAGAGCCAGCUUAAUUUCCCUGCCCGAGAUGAUGUCAUAAUCCUUGAUUCUGAUGCGGAUGAACCGGGACAUCCUCGAAAUCCCGCUGAAAAAGCUUUCGAGGAAGACGCCGCUGUGGUUGACGAAAGUGAAGAAUCUUUUGGAGUGGACGCCGAAACUGCUGUCAGGGACGUUGGAGAAGCUGCGAUGGCAUAUGCUGUGACGGUUGUCGAAGUGGGUGUUGGACAGGAGGCGAAAACUGUUGUUGCUGAGGCGGUUUCCGGGUGGGAUGUUGGAGUUGUUGUUACUGCAGCGUCUUCUGAAUGGAACGUUUGUUGCCCGAAAGAUUAUUGGGGAAAGUGCUUGAAAGGGGUCUGA